UCUCAGGAUCACACCAUGAAGUUUUCUUUCCCACUCCUCUUGAUUUCUACACUUGCUUCGUUUACGGGGGUCUAUGCCGGAACGUUUUUGUCUCCCACUCCAGGACAGACCAUCAGCUCCACCCAGCCAUUCAACCUAACCUGGACCUCUGACAAAUACUUUAAACAAACAUCAUACAACAUCACCGUCCUCUUCUCACGGAGCCCGUUCAGUAGCGCUCUUGGUGGCGCCACUCUCGUUGAGGGCCUGGUCUCACCGCAUUAUGGUAUCAAGACCUAUUCCGCUGAGCUGACACCCGGUUUUUUCUACAUGGAUAAUAGGACGGGUGCGUUUGAUGUGGUGAUCAUUGAGUCUUAUAGUGCGUAUGCGGGUCCACAAUACGCCACUGAUCUGCAUAAUAUUCAAACAGUCAAUGUUGUUUGACGAUAAUGCUAUUUUUUCCAUUCGGGUUUUUAUUAUGGCAGUGCUGUAAAUACCUUAGGCAGGAAAAUAAUAUUCGUG